CGCGCCGAGCCUCGCCGGGCUCGAAGGCAGGAGGCGGCUUUACACCGGGACACGCGCGGCCCCCCCCCAACCCCCGACCCCCGACCCCGGCCGCCAGCUGCAGCCCCCCACGUCCCCACCAUGCCGGCCGCCGCCGGGUCCCGGCCCCGCUGAGCUUCCCCCCUACCCCGCCUUGCUGUGGAUGUAAUGGCUCCGUGAAGGUGCCGCCUCGCUUUUGCCCCGGGAGGCCCGGGAGGAGCAGCCCGCUGCGGUAGGAUUUUGUCCCCGUCUCAAAAGGCCAGCAGAGGCACCAGCUCCGGCGCCCCGGGAAGAUGGGAAGCAAGGCGCUGCCGGCCCCCAUCCCGCUGCACCCAUCCCUGCAACUCACCAACUACUCCUUCCUCCAGGCUGUGAACACCUUCCCUGCAGCUGUGGACCAGCUGCAAGGUCUGUACGGACUCAGCGCCGUGCAAACCAUGCACAUGAACCACUGGACAUUGGGUUACCCCAAUGUGCACGAAAUCACCCGCUCCACCAUCACGGAGAUGGCGGCCGCCCAGGGCCUGGUGGACUCCCGUUUCCCUUUCCCCGCUCUCCCCUUCGCCACGCACCUCUUCCACCCCAAGCAAGGGGCCAUCGCCCACGUCCUCCCGGCCUUGCACAAGGACAGGCCCCGCUUUGACUUUGCCAACCUGGCCGUGGCCGCCACGCAGGAGGACCCCCCGAAAGUGGGCGAGCUGGCCAAGCUGAGCCCCGGACUGGCGUCCCCCCUGUCGGGGAUCAGCAAGCUGUCCCCGGACAGAAAGCCUUCCCGGGGCCGCCUGCCCUCCAAGACGAAAAAGGAAUUCAUCUGCAAGUUCUGCGGCAGGCACUUCACCAAGUCCUACAACCUCCUCAUCCACGAGCGGACCCACACGGACGAGCGGCCCUACACCUGCGACAUCUGCCACAAGGCUUUCCGGAGGCAGGACCACCUGCGGGACCACCGGUACAUCCAUUCCAAAGAGAAACCCUUCAAGUGCCAGGAGUGCGGGAAGGGCUUCUGCCAGUCCAGGACCCUGGCGGUCCACAAAACCCUCCACAUGCAGGAAUCUCCACACAAAUGCCCCACAUGUGGAAGAACCUUUAAUCAGAGAAGUAACCUGAAAACUCACCUUCUUACCCAUACAGACAUCAAGCCCUACAACUGUGAGCAGUGCGGCAAAGUGUUCAGGCGAAACUGUGAUCUACGGCGGCACAGCCUAACUCACACCCCCCGGCAGGACUUCUAGAGCAGCCCGGGACCCCGCACCCGCGCCCGCAGCUCCGAGUUGCUCAUUUUACUCAAGGACUGUAUGGCAGAAAGUCACAGGCGUGCGCGCACACACACACACACACACACACACACAACGCAGGGCAGGCUCAGGGGCCAAUCUUUCCUAGCACGCGUCUGCAAAACUCGUUUAAGAGAGCGUGGACUGCAGGAUCGGGCCCCUCUCCAAGCCACACCGAGGCGUAAAGCUACUCCUUGUAGAUACUCGCGGCUCAUUUUAGAGCUCUGUACAGAAAUGUGGUUUUCGUUGUUUGUUCGUUUCGUGUUGUCAUGUCAGAUGCACGGCGAUAACAAAUCCGGGAGUCAAAGUAUCUCUUAAAAAAGUGUAUUUCAAAAUAAAUCCUUUUUUUUUUCCAAAUA